UUGGGGGCAAAAAAAAAAAGAAAAACUCAUUUAGGGGAUUUAGAGCACCCGACUUGCUCAGAGGCAUGGCGAUGUCGUUCUUAGUAGCAACAGGAUCGACCAGAAUCUCGUGGACGAAGUACUACUGCUCCAAAUUACGAAGCGUAUCUCACAGAGAGCCAUCUUCUAUCCUUUUGCCUAAAGCUGCACAAUCUGUGCGCUGUCAGAAGUUGAAAGUUUGUUAUAAAGUUAGAGCCACGGCUGCUGGAUCCCCGGGUCUGUACUCAUCUGAGCAAUUUGACCUCACUCCCGAAAACGUCGAUAAGGUUCUCGAGGACGUUCGCCCUUACCUCAUCGCCGACGGCGGAAAUGUUGAUGUAGUGUCUGUCGACAACGGCGUCGUUUCUCUCCAGCUUCAAGGAGCAUGCGGGAGUUGUCCUAGUUCAACUACGACGAUGAAAAUGGGAAUCGAAAGAGUACUCAAAGAAAAAUUUGGAGAUGCUAUAAAGGACAUUCAACAAGUGAAUUUCGAAAGCACAUCUGAGACCACUGUUGAGGCAGUGAAUGCCCAUCUUGACGUAUUGAGGCCAGCCAUUAAGAAUUAUGGUGGGACUGUAGAUGUUCUUUCUAUUGAGGCUGGGGAUUGCCAUGUAAAGUAUACAGGGCCCGAGUCUAUUGGAUCUGGUAUCAAAGCGGCAAUCAAAGAAAGGUUCCCAGAUAUUGUCAAUGUUGUGCUCACUGGAUAGGAAUAGGAUGCUUACAAAUAUAGCAUUUGAUAUUCUGAAAGUAGUUUGCACAUAGUGAACGUUGAGAACCAUUUUUCAUUUCAGUGUAUAAAGAUUGUAUCCAUAACCUCCAUUAUUUAUUAUAUUCACCUAAAAGGGUGAGUUGGAUGCUUCUGAAACAAACUUAAAAUUUAAUUUUCUUAUAAAGAACUCUUUCUCC